ACAAACGGUGAAUGAUAAUUUUACAUAAUAUUUUAUUACUUUUUACAGAAAACAAAUUAUGUAUAACAUUUUGUAUCUUGCCAUUUUUGAAUUUUCCUGCCAAAUUUACAAAGAAUCUGACAUUUUAUUUUAUUUGUCAAAUGUGUAUCAUUGGAUAAUUUUUUACAAUAAUAAAUAUUAUUAUACUUAUUAAAUCAUUAUCAAUAAAAAUAAUCUAUCUUCUUGUCUCAUAGAGUUUUCAGUCUUUACUAUGAAGUCAAAGUAAAAGAAUAGUACCUCGAGCUUGCUAGAAAUUCUGGAUUCAACAAAAAAGAGUUGGCAACACUGGUCUUUGACAUAUGUCAUAAAUGUCAAAUCAACAAAGUAUCUAUUUGGAAUUUUUAACUAUAUAGGAACUUUUAAAAUUGCUCCAAAACUAAACGUUUUAUUAACUGAAACUAUAAAUAUAAUGAACCAGUAUAAAAGAAAAAUUACUGAGGAGAGUCCCUGUGAUUCCGAUAAUGAUUGGACCAAUUCAUCUGAUGAUUCCAAAUAUUCCGAUUCAGAAAGUUCCGUUCCAGAAUGGGAUUCGGACGUUGGUGAAGAUGGGGAAUUAGUUUAUAUAAAGCUUAAACCCGUUGAAGUACACGAAGAAAAUAAAACACCAUUGUUAGAAAAUUGCGAAACAUUUAGGCCGAGAAGUAACUUUAAAAGGUCUUCAACAAGGAGAUCUACUAAGGGAAGAAUAUUUAAAGUGUUAAAGGUAAACAAAACAAAAAACACUGAUGAUACCUCCAAAAAACAUUUAGAUCAAGGGACAAGUUCUCACAACACACCAAGUACAAGCAAGAAUUAUUAUGAGGAUAACUAUAAAUUUAUUGUUGUUCAGGUUAGCAAAAACAUGAUAUUUAGCAGUGAAAAGAAUUGUCAAAUUGAAAAGUUAUUUGGCAUAAGUCUGGAAACACAUUCCGAUAACAAAACCUUGGUUGUAGUUGAUUUUUUAACUGAAGCCAGGGCUAUCUACAUGUCAAAAGUUAAGAAAGGAUACUUUUUAUACAAAAUAAAUGGAAUUGAAGUAAAUUCUUAUAACAUAAACAGUGUUUUACAAAGAAUUGUGGAAGAUCCUAGCAGUCCCAAACUGACCUUCCAAAUGCCUACUGAGGAACAGAAUAUAUUCAGUAUAGAAAGUUUGCUUGUUAUAAAAGGUGCACCUGACAAUACCCUAACUCAUGUAUUGAAUGAAUCAAUGUGUUCUGUACUAUACAUUUGUUGUAAUGAUAUAGAAUACAACAGUAAUGAUGAUAAAGGUGUGCUGUAUUGCUAUCCAAGACCCUUCAAUCAGAAUUUUCUAUAUAAUACCAGAGGCGCAUACGUAACAAUGAAUCAUCUAGCCCCAAAGUCCCUUGGAACAAGUGAACCGAUUAGUUCUACAAUAUUAUACAAUAACAUACUUAUAAAUGUUACAUACACAUCACAUUAUAGUGAUUUGUUACUUAUAGCUUUUCCGAAUAAUGAUAUUGAUUUGUUUUGUGCCAAGAAACUGAUUAUAGAAAUUGUGAAGUUGUUAGAGUUUUUGUACGGAUCUCUCAAGGCAUGUUUUACUAAACCGAACAAUGUUGAUAAGCUUGACGGUCUGUUUAGCCGGAUAUUUGUUACAUUGCUCUAUGGUAACAACAGUAAAUCAAAUAAGAACAUACUUGUUGAAGAUGUUUUAGCCGCUCAUUCAAUCACAUUACCACUGGAUGUUAGGGUGCAAGUUGAUGAUGCUAUAACAGAGCUAGAGGCUGCAGAUUACCGUGAAUGGACUGAUGACAUAGAUAACUUUCAAAGGCUCUAUACAGUAAUAGGUUCCUGUUUGUAUUAUUCUGGACAUUUGCUAAGUUCACAUUUACAAGAUGAAGAUUUAAAGGAAAUCAAUGCAUUUUUAAAAUUAAAUGGAGUCCUAAACAUGAGCACCGUAAAAGAAAUGGAAAAGCUUGUGAUGUGGAAAGAAGUAUUUAUACAUGAACAUAGAAAACAGAGCAAGAAUGAUAAUCAUGAAUAUAGAAUUCCCGAUGGUCGAUGGUUUCUUUUGGUUGUUGGCAAAGGCCACUUUAUUCUAUCCACAUUAAUGGAAGCCGGUGGAUGUACUGAAGAUGCUAUUGGAGUGACACCACCAUCGCCAUUUUACGUAGAAGAGUGUGAGAGUUGCUUAGAACUGUUAUAUGAGAUCGGUUUAGACAAGUAUAUGAGUUCGUGGGCGCGUUCCAACACGCACCCGCAGCUGGAAAUAGUACCAGAAUAUCUAACAAAGUAUGGGAAGAAAAUUAAGGAGAUUAAUUCAUUAAAGCCAGAAUCAUCACAAAAAUCGACCCUUAAAAUAUCAAAAUCCCCAUUAGAAGUGAAGAAGCGUCACAGUUCUUCAGAACAUGUCAAUACUGCAUCAAAUACGAGUGACAACUCUAUAAGUACAUAUGGCAGUCAUCAUAAUCUGUAUUCACAGUGGUACAAUGGACAGAAAUAUCGACAUUCCAACUUAGAUGUCAGUUAUUCUGAAGAUUCUAAUAGUUUAAAGAGUACCAGUGAAAAAAGUGAAGAGCGUGUCCAAGGCAGACGAGCAGAUAGAGAAUUGAGAAACCGUCGCGAAUCUUCCGGAUCCGACUCAGACUGGGAUGGGCAGGAGGGUAGCAGAGCGAGUAGCAGCAUAGACAUGUCGGAUAUAAGGAAAUCAUUGCUGAAUGAGAUAAAUCACGUUACCAUACACAGAAUAACAGCAGGUGAAGAGAAUGUGUUAUUCCACUUUAUACAACUGGAAUCAGAGAAAGGCAUACUCAUUGCACCAGUAAAGAACAUUGAGGCUCAAAGUAACAACAUCCUCUAUAGCUUCAUCAUUAAAACAUUCCGAUCAGCAUAAAAGAUACAUGAGUUGUUACAGCAUAGUAUUAGGUUUAAGAGAAAUCAUGCACCGGCAAACCCAUUGAAUAAAAUCCUUGUUGCUGUGAAAGAAUAUGGGAUCUUAUUUCAAGCACCCAUGGAAAUUUUAAAUCAGUGCGGAAUCAACAAGAAGAAUCAAGAGACAUUUCAGUUUUGGGUUGUCGGACGCGUGUUUAGUGAACCAGAACCAAGAGAGUUGUAUAUAUGCUAUCAUGAAUCGAUUCCACAAGAUCUCACUGAAGUGGCAUAUCUUCUUUCGUAUUUAGAAUAAAUCAAUUUUUCAGCAUGAAGUAUAAAAGUGUUUUGCAAUGAAUACAUAGUAUAAACGAUACUGUUUUUAUAUCCGUCCAUAUUUUGUGAUAAUUAAAAGUUAUGUUA